GUGGUUAUAUCCACGAUUAAAGAUAGUAUCUAUACUAUCUAUAGCCGUGGUUAUAUCAUAGAACAACAUUGAAGCGAAACUGGUUAUAUGUUUAUUUUAUCAUGGUGGCCACAACAACUGACGAGUGCACGCGCAGCUCCUUGGAGUUUGGACCGGCACGGUCACUCACGGACUUACCGGCUACCUCGUUCUGCGUCGUCUCAGGACUCGAACAGGCUGCCUCUCACUCCGGCCUCACUACAUUUUGUAUUUUUGUAGUUUUGUUUACAUAUCUUGAUUGUUGAUGCCUAUAAGCCUAUUGAUAUUUACCAUUUGGUAAAGAUAAUUGCCUACGAAAUCCGAGCGCCGGCCGCUGCGACCGAUCGCCAGUCGCCACACGACUAUUAAGUAGUGAGUACGGGAUUGCUGGUGCUGACUACAACUGCCUACAGGUAUCUAGGACUGAAGGCUGAGGAGUAUUGAACAUUGCUCAACUUAUGCCACAAAGCAUAACGCAUUAACACCCAUAAGGAUAAGAACCUAAUGUUUACAUUCUAUAAUUCAUAGACGAGUACAUAGCAUUAAGUCUUUUUACUCGUCCCUCUCUCUAGUUUGUGGUCCCAUUACCUGUCGGAUAAAUUUGAGUACCUACCUAUAACAAUAAUUUUGUUACAUCAACUUCCCAGUUAUCUCCAUAAACAACGCUGUUAAGUACAUUACACACUGAAAUACAACGCUAUUACCAUCAUGGAGGAUAACGAAGCUGAUAAACAAAUAAGGCUUGCGAGAAUAUUGUUGAAUCUUGGUCAUUCAUAUCUGCAUACUGUUGAUAUAGAAAGUUCAGAAGAAGAAAGUGGAGAAAGUGAAUCUGAGCAAACCGAAAGUGAAGAAACUGAAGGUGAGGAAAAAGAAGUGCAAACUAAAUUUAAAGCAAGUAAACAACAAAACAUAGAGGAAGAGGAAGACCAAUUUGAUAAACAACAUCAUGAUAAAGUAAUUAAACAACAGGAAUUGAAGAAAAAAACCAAUCUAGAAGAUAUACCACAACAAUUCUAUAGGGAUAUACAACAAAAAUCUUACAAUAAUUUACCUGUUGAAGCUGACACAGAAAAACAUGAGAUUGAAAAAGAAGUUGCAAAUAAAUCCCAUGAUAAAAAGCAUGAGGUAAAUAUAGACUUACCAAAAGAAUUCAAUAACACAAUACAACAAAAGUUAGAAUGUGGAGUAGAAUUAAUUGGUGAAGUGCAAAACGAGUUUAGUAAAAAACAGGAAAAGCUCCACACUGAUGACCAACCAAAAAAUGAUAAAGAUAAGGAUAAUGAAUGUAACAAAGAACUAAUUGAAGAUUCUGAAAAUGAAAUACAAAUUCAGUUACUGAUUGAAGCCCCACCAAUGCCUGGUGUAGAUGUGAAAUUAUACUUAGAAGUGCAAGUUGAUUCAGGGUGUCAACUUGAUAUAAAAAAGGAAGAAGUGCUUGGAGAAAAACAAAAAAAUGUUGAUAAAGAACAUCAAAAAGCAGUUGACAAAAAUAUAGAGCACACGGAUCACAAAGAUAGGCAAGCGGUAAAUAAAAAUGUACAGACUAAAUUUGAUGAAGUAAACAUAUCACAAGACAUUGAAGAAGAUAUUCAAGAUAAAAUAAACAAAGAAUCAAAGCAAAAUUUGGAAGAAGAAAACAACCAACCAGAAUCAAAUGAAAAUUUGGAAGAACAAUAUGAUAAUGAAGUACAACAUGAUGUUAAAGAAUUACAGCAAGAAGAUUAUGAAGAAACUAUGGAUACAAAUCAUAAAAGAAUACUACAAGAAAUUGAAUCACUUAUAUAUGAUUUUCAAAAUAGAAAAAAUGAAGAAGAAGAAUGUGACGAAUUAACAGCAAUAAGAAUUGCAAAAAUUACAAAGGAAAUCGAAGAAUUAGAGAUAGAUAUGGAACAAAAGCGUGAUGAAGAAUUAGAAAGAGAAUAUAAUGAUGAAUUUAAGUGUUUGUUUUCAUCAUUAAUUAAAGAAAAAUUCUUAGAAAAACUACUUCUCUCAUUUAAUGAAGAUGCUGCACCAUAUUAUAAAAGAAUUGAAAAUUUGCUUAGCAAUUAUAUUCCAACUAAAUUAGAUACAAUUAAUGAUAAAAUAUUGAUUGAUCCUGUUCAUUCUAAACCUCACAAAGAUCUUAAAGAAAGGUCUGAUGUAAGCAAUGGUGCAUUUGAAGAGAUACAAGAAGAAUCUGAUAAAAGAAGAGAAGGAGUAGAAAAAAGAUCUAAUGAUGAAAUCUACUAUUUUGAAGAAGUACCAGAAGAAUCUAAUAUUGAAAUGGGAGAAUUGGAGGACGAAGAAGUACAAGCCGUGUCUGACAUAGAAAAUGAAGAUGAAACUCUAGAAGAGUCUGAUGUAGAUGUUGAAGGGGUAUCAAAUCCUGAUGAUGAAGUAACUGGAGGCUUAGAUUGGAACUUACAAAUAGAAUCUGAAAUAAAUGAAGACAAAUCUGAUGGACAGUCAUUAGAAGAAAGUGAUGAAGAACUGGAAGAAUUAAACGAUGAUGUAAACAUUGUAACCGAAAUAGUUUAUGAUUAUGAAGUCGAAGAAGAAGCAGAAUCUAGUUCAAUAGAAGAACUUAGUACAAUUGAAGAAUCUGCUUCUACAGAUGAUGAAUUUAAUUCUACAGAAAUAGAACAGCGCAAUGAAGAAAUACAACAGAAGAUUGAUAAAGAAGGACAAGUAAAAUGUAUUGGUAGUAUACAUGAAUUACAAGGAGAUGUAAAAGAAAAAAGUGAUAAUGAUAAACCUCAGAAAUUUGAAGACUUACAACUACAAAUGGAAAUAGAAAAUAUACAAGAUUUAGAUGAAAUACCAUUAAAACUGAAAAUUCAACAAGAAGAAUUAGAAGAAAAAUUACAUCAACAAAUGAAAACAUUUCAAGAAGAGUUUUAUAAAAAUUCAAAACUAGAGUAUGAUAAAGAACAACAGUUAAAAGGUAAUACAUUAAUUGACCCUAUUUAUGAUAGAGAACAAAAAUUGUUUUAUAAAAUAAAAGGCGAUUUUCUAAAAACAACAGACAAAUAUAAAGAUUUAGCACAACAAAAAAUGAUAGAAGCAUUACAACAAAAAGUUGAUGAAAAACAGUUACUAGAAAUGAAAGAAUUUCCAGAAGAGUUUGUUGAACCAAAUAUAGAAAUAGAAGAUCUAAAUAAGGAAGUUCUGCAAUUACAACGUGAAUGUGCUGAAUUAGAGCCAGAAUUUAGCUAUAAUAUACCAUUAGUUGUUGAUGAUAAACCAAGCAAUGAUAAGACUAAAAAAGUCAAGUAUAAUUUAUAUGACAAAUUAUUUGAAAUACACAAAAAAAAAUUAUGUUUUUUUGCUGAUUCUAAAGAGUGGCCCGAAAAAUAUUUAUACCCAUCAUGUUUGCUGGAUGAAUUAUUUGAUGAUCCUUCAGAGGUUAAUCCUAAUGUUUUUGUGAUCACACUGUACUCUGUUGAUAUUGGUUAUUCAAUUAAAAUAACCAUGAAUAAGAAUGAACCACCAGUUGAAACUUUUUAUAGCUACGCUGAUGAUUCAAUUUUAGAUUUUGUGGAAAGAGAACAACUUCCACCAUGUUUAUUAGAUUUGUUUGAUAAAGCUCGACCAAGGUUAUUUUAUAAUGGACGUGUUAUAGCAGAAAUUCAUAAUAAAUAUCAUGGUGAAGACUUAACCAGAGUAUAUCGAAUUUUAUUGCAUCCCCAUAAUUUGUCCAUUCAGAGUGAUGUGGAUCGAAUAAUUGCUAAAUGUAGUCCUGCCUACUGUUCAUAUGAACAAAGACUAAAGAUUGAGAGUCAAUUGAUAUUACGAAAUUUUCCCGUCAUGUGCAUCGAUUCGUCGCCUAUUGCUGGUUUAACUGUUCACUUACAAAAUCAAUUGUUAAGUCGUCGAACCAUAUCACUAAACCCACUAAAAGUAAAAAAUAAUGAUUCUUCCAAUCUUGAAAUGAAUUUGUCCAAAAAAUUACAAGAAGACAGAUUAAAUGAAUCACAAAAUGAAUCUUCAGAAUUGAUGAAAGAUACUGCAAGUGACAAUACGAUUCAUCAUCUUUUAUGGAAGUUUGAAUUCCGUAUUCAUACAUUUAAAAUUAUCAAAUUAUAUGUGUUUGUCAUAACUGAAACUCUAGAGUAUUCUAUGUUAUUGUGUAUGAAUUCAAUUGUCCCUCGUUCUAAGAAGAUGAGGUUUAAAAUAAAUCUUGAAACAAAUAAACUAAAAGCCUACAUUGAUGUGAUAUUAGAAUUUCUUAAAAAAAACAUUAAUCCUGAUACAUUAGUGGUUCGAAGAUAUAAAAGUGAUGAUAAAUCAGUACCUCAGUCUACUACGUGUGUUCCAUCAUUGUUGAAUGACAAUGUUUAUGAACCUAGUUCAACAGAUAUUUGUAAGUUUCUAGAUGAGUUGUUAGAAUUUAUACCUCAAAUUGAACCUGAAGAGACUGAUGAAACAAAAAGAUGUUUAUAUUAUGGGGUGAAAUCAAAGAAGAAAGACAUUAAUUCUGGUAGUACUAAAAGGUUACCAAAGAAUCAAGAAAACUCUAAGGAUCAAAAAAGGAAGAAACGAGUACAAAGUUAUGAAUUAAAAAAGUUAAUUCCUCGUCAAGUUGAACCAUUGUCAACAAACAAAAUAUCUGUUGAUUCAAAAUCAUUAAAAAGUUCAACAAUACCAAAAGUUGUUUCAUUAGGUCUUAAGUCAUUACCAACAAAAAGUCUAAACCCUGUUAAACCAUUACUAACUGGAUCAAAAUCAAAUGCUUUACUCGAUGACAGAACCAUUAAUGUAGUUCAUAAAGAAUUAGACUCAAAUUCAGCUAAAGAUAUAUCUUUAGUAUCGAGCCCCAUGACCAUAUUACCAACAGUAUCAAGUCAUAUUACUGUAGUGUCAUUAGAACAGAGUUUUACAGAUGCAGCACUACCGCCAAAAUCAAACACUGCAACUAUAAUAUCAUUAGCACCUAGAUAUAAUAAAACAAUAUUUUCAUCUGCUGCUUGUAAUACUGAUUAUCGGCUAGCAUCUAAAAAUUUAGAAAGAUUUGAAGAUCAUAGUGAGACCAAAGAUAUUAAAUCUAAACCAGUUAUUCAAUCAAAAACAGAUCAUACUAAAUGUAUGGGAAAAAAUAAUUUUUCACUGAAAACAUCUUUUGAUAAUAUAAACAGUCGACCGCCUUUACAUAACUUUGUAAGAAGACCAAGUUCAUGUGAUGAUGAAAUGGAGAAAAAUAUAAAAGUUUUAAAACAUGUACAUCGUAAUGGAAUCUGUCUAAAAGGUCCAGAAUACAUUAUUAAAAAAGAGGGAUUGACUGUAGCAGGCAGGAUAAUAGAUGGAAGAUUUUCAGAUGAACGUAAUCCUACACAUUAUCAAGAGACUAAACAACUCAAUAAUGAUUUAACUACAAAUAUAGAUAGUUUGUCUAAUUUACAGGUUACAUCACCUAAUCCUGUUAUUACAUUGGUUCCAUCAUCUUUAAACAAGUUCAAUAAUCAAGAUCAGAUGAAUGAUAUUUCAUUUCAAGAAAUUAAUUAUACUUCAUCCUCAAGUACUGAAAAUAUCAAAUCUGUUAAACGAAAACGAUCCUCAUAAAUAUAUGUUUAAUUUAUUUUUACAACUUUAUAUUUUAUUUCUCAUCUUUUCAAUACAAUAAAUAACUUAAUAAUAUUCUUAUUAGUUGUGCAAUUUAAUGUAUAAUUUAUCAAUUAAUUUUGUUUAAAAUUUACUUUAUUGUUGCGAAUACUUUUUCUUUAUGAUUAAAAAAAAAAUAGUCAUGGCUGGUAAUUGAUGUGGCCAUAUCUGGUAAUAAUUAAUGUUUCAAUAUUUAUUAAACUUGGUACAUACCAUUAAAAGAUUUUUUUUAUAUAAUAAACAAUUUAGUUUUAGACAAUUUGACAUACAUUUGUAUAAAUUAGUUUAUGACAAACAUAUUUUUUUUUAUGUAGUUACAAGUAGCCUUUUAUUAUGAAUUAAGAUAAUGUAAGCAUUUUUAGUUAAUUUCAAUAUGAAUUAAGUUAAUUGGGAAUGUGACAGUCUUGUUAAGUAUUCGAAUACUUGUAUUUAUUACUAAUUUGGUAUUUUAAAUACAUUUUCUUUGUAUUUUAUUUUAGAAUACCAAACACUUUCUUUUUACCAUUCUUUAUCAAAUAAUACAAUGGUAUUUAUUAAUUAUUAAUUAUGUAUUAAUAUACUACAAAUAAGUACCUACUUGUACGUAUUUCAAAUUUAAAUGGCACCAAGUAUAUAAAUACGUAUUCUGAAUACAUUAGAAAAGUAUUCUCAACAAGACUGGAAUAUGAAUAUUUAAAUCGGAGCCAUGUCAAACAAUUUAGUGCCCCAGGGCAAAAAUGGUUUACGGAUCCACAGGUAACAUAUUAAGUACACAUAAAGGCGCUCCCUUACUUUUACAAAACAACUGCACCCGGGAGCAAUUGCCCCAUUUGCUCCUCUCAACUUGGUUCUGAUUUAAAUAUUUCCUGUAUUAGUUUAAGUUAGAAAAAUAUGACAACUUCAAAUUAAAUUAAUUUGUUUUUAUAA